AUGUCUCCUUCGCUGGCGCUCUUGACAUCGUUGUUCCUGGCCCUCGUUGCGGCUCAGACCCCAGGCAAGAAUCCCGAAACCCACCCCAAGCUUCAAACCUGGAAGUGUACCACGAAAGAUGGUUGCAAAUCGCAGCAGACUGCACUUGUGCUAGAUUCAGCGUCACAUCCAAUCUACCAGGCGAAGAAUACCAAACUAGGCUGUGGAGAUUGGGGAAACCCACCUAAUAAAACAGUCUGCCCUGAUGAGGAGACGUGCGCCAAGAAUUGCAUCAUGGAAGGCAUUAACAACUACGCCGACUAUGGAGUCACGACUGAAGGCGGUAGUGUGUUAAUGAAGAUGUUUGGGAAGAACGGUGUCGCCAGUCCUCGGAUCUAUCUUCUCGCCGAGAACGAGAAGAAGUAUGAGAUGAUCAAACUGACCGGAAACGAAUUGAGCUUUGAUGUCGACGUUUCUAAGCUCCCCUGUGGGAUGAAUGGUGCUUUAUACUUUUCCGAAAUGGAAGAGACUGGAGGCCAGAGUAAGCUCAAUCCAGGGGGGGCUGCGUAUGGAACGGGUUAUUGCGAUGCCCAAUGCUUCACCACGCCGUGGGUGAAUGGUGUUGGCAAUAUCAAAGCCCAAGGAAUCUGCUGCAAUGAACUUGACAUUUGGGAAGCUAACAAGAAGGCGACUCAGCUUGCUCCUCAUACGUGCAGCAAGCCUGGUCUCUACCGCUGCACUGGGAGUGAGUGUGGAGCCACUGGCGUUUGUGACAAGAACGGUUGUGGUAACAACCCCUACUCUGCCGGGGAUAAGUCAUACUACGGGCCCGGCGCCAGCAUGAAAGUCGACACGUCCAAGCCCUUCACCGUAGUGACGCAGUUUCCUGCCAAAGACGGCGUAUUGCAAGAGGUCAAGCGCCUCUACGUCCAAAACGGAAAAGUCUUCGAAAAUGCAGCGGUCAACGUUACGGGCCCUAUCAACGAUGCUUACUGCUCCAAGAACGGGGCUACAAAAUUUAUCAGCGAGGGAGGUAUGAAGGGAAUGGGGGAGUCAAUGUCGCGCGGAAUGGUGCUUGCUAUGAGUAUCUGGUGGGACGACGGUGGCUUCAUGCACUGGCUCGAUAGUGGCAACGCGGGUCCCUGCAAUGCGACCGAGGGAGAUCCGAAAGUGAUUCAGAAAAUCGAACCUUCACCAGCUGUGACGUUCAGCCAGAUCAAAUGGGGUGAGAUUGGAUCAACAUAUAAGGCAAAGAAGCAUUAUUAUUCGUAA